AGCAAAGCCACCCUCCGCCGUGCCACCCGUCCCCGCCUAAUCUGGUCCCUCAUAACCAGCCUCCUCUUCCUCAUCGCCUCCGGCGCCAUCAUCCUCGUCGAACUCGCCAACAACCGCGUGGGAUUCCUCAACGGCCUCUACUUCAUCUUCCUCGACGUCUCGGAUAUCGUCCCCGUCGCCGUGCCCGACGCCAGGCUCCUCAACAGCAUCGCGCAGAGCCUCGGCCUGCACGACUUCUACUCCGUCGGACUCUGGGGCUUCUGCGAAGGCUACUUCGGCCAGGGCGUGACCGAAUGCUCCGCCCCGCAAACCCUCUACUGGUUCAACCCCGUCGAGAUCCUCCGGAGCCAACUCCUCGCGGGCGCCACCAUCGCCCUGCCCUCCCAGGUCGACACCAUCCUCUCGCUCAUCCGCAUCGCCUCCCAAUGGGCCUUCGCCCUCUACCUCCUCGGCGCCAUCCUCAGCGGCCUCCUGAUCUUCCUCUCCCCGCUCAGCCUCUACACCCGCUGGGCGAGCCUGCCGCUCGUGAUCGUCGGCUUCCUCGCCGCCGCCAGCCUGGUCGUGUCCGCGGGCAUCUCCACCGCGCUGUUCGUCAUCAUGCAGGUGGCCAUCACCUCCGUCACGCAGCUGAACAUCCGCGCCAAGGUCGGCGUCGGCAUGUUCGCCUGCAUGUGGAUCGGCGCCAUCGCCGCCACCCUCGCCUGGAUCAUCCUCUUCUCCGGCUGCUGCUGUUGCGCCUCGAGACGGGAUGUCCGCACCGGCCGGAAGAGGGGCGCCGGUAGGGCG